AUGGACGUGCAGGCAAAGAUUGGCUGCUCUCUUGAUGAGCUCAUCAAGAUGCAGCGGAGAGGACCCAGGGGCCCCUCCGCGGGCUCCAGAGGCCCCGCCGUCAACAGCCCCCAGAAGGGAGCAGCGCCUCAGCGUACUAACAGGAGGGGCGGCCUUUUCAAGCGGCCGCUGAAGCAGCAGCAGCAGCAGCAGCAGCAGCAGGUGAGGUUUAAUCAGAGGCCGAUGCAGCAGCAGCAGAACAAGUAUAGCCCAAGGCCGCAGCAACAGCAGCAGCAGCAGCAGCAGCAGAAAAACCGCAACCUCACAGUAGAGGACAAGAUAAACUUGCCUCUUGAUGCGCUGAUUGCUCCUCGGCGACCGCAGCAGCAGCAGCAGCAGCAGGCGAAGAGGCCACAGCAACAGCAGCAGCAGCAGCAGAACAUGACUCCUGCUGCACUUAGGCGGAGGACAGGUGUCAGUGGCCGUAGAGGGGCGUUCUUGGUGCCCCGAACGGCGCAGUAUCGAGGGCGGCUGAGUGCUGCUGCUGCUGCUGCUGCUGCUGCUCGUGCGACACCCCGGAGCGCUGCUUCUAAGGCCCUUGCUGCUACAGCAGCAACAAGAAGAGGGCCAAGGGUCCGCACGCCUCACCAACAGGCGGUAGAGACACUGAAAUCUGCUGCUGCUUUCAAAACAGCAGCAGCACGCCGCAGCCGCGUCGGCAGCAGCACCUACUAUCGGGGUGCUGCAGCAGGUGCACCCGCGCCUGCAGCGGGAACUAGACGGCUUGCUGGCGGGCGACUGCAACUGAGGAGACCUGCAGCAACCACCUAUGCCGGGAGCAGAAUAAACACUUCUCUGGCGCGGCGUCGGCAGUUCGGAAGCACAGCAGCAGCAACAGCCGCAGCAGCAGCAGCAGGAGCAGCAGCAGCAGCAGCAGCAGCGGCAGCAAGAAGCAGCGCGAGUGUCGCCCCCUACAAGUCGUACAGGGCCUCCCCCUUUAGUGCACCGAUUGAACGGAAGAGGGCGCCCACCACGCUGAAAGCAGCAGCAGCAGCAGCAGCCGCAGCAGCAGCAGCAGCAGCACCUCCUUCACCGUCUUCUUUUGCUGCUGACUCAGAAAUGCUGCCUGUCAUCAAGAUCCAGGCGAGCCUAGACACCGUGCCGGCCCCCUUGCCGCAGCAGCGCGGUGCACAUGUUGCUAUUCCUGCUGCAAUGCAGCGACAGCAGGAGCAGCAGCAGCAGCAGCAGCCAUCGCGGUCGGUGGGAGCUGCUGGGGAGUUCGAUACGCUGGGCAGCAGAUUCGGCUACUGA